AUCAAGGCAGAGUACGCGGCUUUGGUUCCGGGCCGCGCGGCGCCAUGGACUCGCUGUGGCGGCUGAAGAGGUUCGAUGCCUUCCCCAAGACCCUGGAAGACUUUCGGGUCAAGACGUGCGGGGGCGCGCUUGUGACGGUUGUCAGUGGGCUCAUCAUGGUGCUGCUGUUCUUCUCGGAGCUGCAGUACUACCUCACCAAGGAGGUUCAUCCUGAAUUAUACGUUGACAAAUCAAGGGGAGAUAAGCUGAAGAUCAACAUAGAUGUUACUUUUCCGCAUAUGCCUUGUGCUUAUUUGAGCAUUGAUGCAAUGGACGUAGCAGGAGAACAGCAGCUGGAUGUAGAGCACAAUCUGUUUAAGCAACGUUUGGAUAAAGCUGGCAAUCGUGUGACUCCAGAGGCUGAGAGACAUGAGCUCGGAAAAGAAGAAGAAAAAGUGUUUGAUCCAAAUUCUUUGGAUGCUGAUCGUUGUGAGAGCUGUUACGGGGCAGAGUCCGAGGACAUUCGAUGUUGUAAUACUUGUGACGAUGUCAGAGAAGCCUACAGGCGGCGAGGCUGGGCCUUCAAGAACCCAGAUACCAUAGAGCAAUGCAAGAGAGAAGGGUUUAGCCAGAAAAUGCAAGAACAAAAGAACGAGGGCUGCCAAGUGUAUGGUUUCCUGGAGGUCAACAAGGUAGCUGGAAAUUUUCACUUUGCACCAGGAAAAAGUUUCCAACAGUCCCAUGUACACGUGCACGCUGUUGAGAUUCAUGACCUCCAGAGCUUCGGACUUGAUAAUAUCAAUAUGACGCACUACAUCAAACAUCUCUCAUUUGGAAGGGAUUAUCCAGGCAUCGUGAAUCCUCUGGAUGGGACAGACGUCACUGCACAGCAAGCUUCCAUGAUGUUUCAGUAUUUUGUCAAAGUGGUCCCCACAGUUUAUAUGAAGGUAGACGGUGAAGUGGUAAGGACUAACCAGUUUUCAGUUACACGACAUGAGAAAAUAGCCAACGGGCUAAUAGGAGACCAAGGUCUGCCUGGUGUAUUUGUGCUAUAUGAACUGUCACCCAUGAUGGUGAAGCUGACAGAGAAACACAGGCCCUUCACACACUUUCUCACAGGAGUUUGUGCCAUUGUUGGUGGCAUAUUUACAGUUGCAGGAUUCAUUGACUCCUUGAUCUAUCAUUCAGCACGUGCCAUCCAGAAGAAAAUCGAACUCGGGAAGGCAAUAUAAAUAAGCAGUGACCUCACCCACACG